UUAUCUAACAAGUGAGCAUUUAUCGUUAUAGGCGGUUACUUUUACAAUUUUACAAAGAUUAAAUGCAUUUUAAAUUCAUAUUUUACCAUUUAUCAUUGUAUUUGUGACAACUGUUUUCGCACAAACACCUGAAAUCGUUUAAAUACAUAAAGUACAUUAGUCCUAAUCCACACAAACGACCUACACAGAGGAAUUCAACUCGUCAUUCGUUAAUGAGGUCGUCAAUGUUGUUGUAUAACACUAUCUCUUGAUAAUAUUCGAAAAAUAAUCAUAAGUCUUUUUAUAACUUAUAUACCUAUUGUUUGCGCAUUAUUGUUCAACUGUCGAAGUAAUGUUGACAGUUUCGCGCAAAACUAUGUAAAACAUUUGCAUGCCGAUCAUCGAUUUGUAUACAUAAUAUUAUAUUAUUUGGAAUGUAUUAUUAUUUAUAACGUCGACCUGGUCUACUUUCGGCGCUUAAUUAUUAUUAAACAAUACACGGUUUACCUAUACCUACCUAAUAUCACAUAUUUUGCAGUUUCGUAAUACGCGUCCGUGUUGAAUGUUUAGUUUCGGGGACCGAACGAUGGGUGUUGCGAAACGGUUUCCCGUCGGUCAGCACAUUAAUUUGUUUUGUUUACAUCGGCACACGACCGUCUUCCUAUAUAUAUAUGUAUAUAUAUAUAUAACCAUAGGUGACUAGACACACGGAACCUAUAAAGACAUCGAUCGCGGGCCGUACCGAAUUGUCAUCGAACACACUCCCGACGACAUCCAAAUACAACAACAUGAAGUCCGUUAUCGUCGCAACGUUGUUCGUAGUGGCUGUGACUGUUGUCGGCGCCUCGUCGGUGCGCGUGAAGAAGGACGUCGGAUCGAAGAACGCCGGUCAAUGCGUGUACGCGGACGUGUCGAAAACCGGUAAGAAGACGAUCGUCUGCGGCGACCCGGCGCCGCCCACGUUGGCCUCCGUCUUGGCCAGUCAACUGCAGAGACAAGCUACGAUCCCGGAAGCCCGGAUCCCGUCGGAAAAAUGUUUUGAUCUGCACAAGCCCAAGCCCGCGCCCGUGGCCGUGUACGUGCAACCGCAGCAUCACGAACAGCCGCACUACGAACAGUUGCACGUGAUGCACCAUCAGGUGCCUCAGGUGCAGUACGUGCAGCAGCCGCAACCGCUGGUGCACUACCAGCCGACGGUCGUUUACCAGAAACCGGUGGCGCACGUGCAACCCUACAGUUCUCCGUGUUCGCAGUACGGCGGUUACUCGGGCGGCGGCGGUUACUUGGGCGGCGGCGGUUACUCGGGCGGCGGUGGUUAUUUGGGCGGCGGCGGUUACUACCGCACGGCCGACGAUGCAUAUCCCAUGGCAGUAUUGUCGAGGGCGGUGGGCGAAGCCGACGAAAUUGCGGGCGGUAACGACGUGUACGAAGACGAAAACGCGGCGCCGAUAACUCAAAACUACUUGGAGCCGAUACCGUACGAAGGCAAUGCGGCAAUGGCCCGCAAAGGGUUCGGUGGUAGUCGCCCGAGAACGGUGGAGAUGCGGCCCAUGUUCGUGCCGGCGAUGCUGAGGUCAGCGGACCCGUACGCAUACGAAGGCGGUGCCGGACCGGAAUGGCAACCACAACAGCGGUUCGUGUCGGAACCGGAACUCCAGUUCCCGGGCCAGUUCUCGCCGCAACCGAUGGUCGGCCGGUUUCCGGGCGCCGAGAGGUCUAUCGCGUCGGCAGUUGCGGAGGGUCCGUUUGACAGGCGGCAGUUAGCUUACAGCGGUUACGUGCCCGUUCGGCCUGAGACUAUUAUGUCCACUAUGACGGAUCGGUACAACUACGGCGGGUAUUCAAGGACAGCGGGGCAAGCUGAACAAGAGCAGCAACUGCAACAACUACAGCAACUACAACAACAACAACAGCAACAACAACAACAACAACAGCAACAACAGCAACAGCCACCAUUACCUGCCCAGCAGAUGACCGGGGCAGAGGUCGACGGGGCGCUGACGACAGCAGCCGCAAAGGCCGACCCAAAAGAUUUGAAACCUGCCGAUCGCAAGAAAAACGUGAAAAACUAAACUCCUCGACGGUUAGUCUACAGUUAAUGAUAUUAUAAAAUUUAUUUCGUGUUAAUAUUUUCUACCCAACGGAAGUCGUUGGUACACUGUAUUAUAUCGUGUUCGAUUAGACGUCACGCGUUUGACCGACAGCGGCCAUGACAUUUUUACGAUUUAUAUUUUACUAUGUGAUUCCAACAUUAUUUUCUUCUCGUGUACGCGGAAUUUCAAUACUGUAACCAUGAUGUAGACCAAUCAAAAGAACGUUUCGUGAAAAAAAAUACCAUUAUUAUUAUCAUUGAUGAUUUGUUGAUUUAUUAUUAUAAUAAUUAUUUAUCUAUUCACAUUAAA